AUGGAGUCAGAAGGAGCGCUGAACAACCAAAGGGAGCAGACAGCGAUCUGCUUCAAGGCCUUUAUGCUCAAGAAUAGUACAAAAAGUAACCUCAACCUGUGAGUAUUUGUAUGAUUGCCAUAGUGGAUAGUGAAGGUAGCUUGUUAGUAAAGUGACUAUGACACUGUUCUCCAACCUUUCCAGCUAUGACCAUCUUGCACGACUACUGACCAAGGUGAUGGAUGAGCGUCCAGAAAAUGUGGUUGAUGUAAUUGAAGACAUGAGCCGUGAGGUGAAGCAGGGAUUGCUGCAGGACAAGCAGAGCACCUUGAGAGACAUGCCACUGGCACCUGCUGCACAGCUCUUGGCUGAGCAACAGAGGUUACUGUUUUCACGGAGAGGGGGUGAUGAUGGUGACCAAGAGGAGGAACUGGUAAGAUAAUAAAUUAUCUAGGUUCUUGCACAUUCAUUUUACCAAGACUGAUUUGGGGAAACUCAUGAGCAAGUUGUAUAGUGUAAUCAAUAAUUAUUUAAACGUGUCUGUGUCUCAUUAGGUAGAAACACCGCUCCCCAAUGUGAGUGAGCUUGGCUUCUUCCUGGAGCAGGCUGGAGUUGGACUGGGCAGAGAGGAGAUGCUGAAGGUCUUCCUGGCACUCAAGCAGCUGGUGGAUUCCCAACCGCUAGUGCGCUGCCGACUUUGGGGAAAGAUCCUGGGCAUAGAAGGCAACUAUCUUGUUGCUGAGUGCGAGUACAGAGAGGGGGAGGAGGAGGAAGAGGGUAAUGAGGAAACAGUGGAAGACGAGGAAAGAGAUGGAGAACCUCGGGAUGAUGAUGAGGAAGCUGAUGUGGUGGAAGUGGUGAGUUACUGAAAAAAUCUGUUUUACUGUAUGUUGCUUUCAUAUUACGUUUCUUCUUUUAUGAAAACUUUAUGAUGACUUUGCUUUUUAGAUUGAUACGCUCCCAAGAUCCACCUUCAAGCCCCCGCCUGUGGUGCCAAAGGAGGACAACCGCACAGGUGUGAACAAGUUUACUUACUUUGUGUGCCGAGAGCCUGGCCUUCCCUGGGUGAGGCUGCCCACUGUCACUCCCACCCAGAUCACAGCCGCACGCCACAUCCGCAAAUUCUUCACAGGGAGACUGGAUGCCCCCAUCAUCAGCUAUCCUCCUUUUCCUGGCAAUGAGGCCAACUAUUUGCGAGCCCAAAUUGCUCGCAUCUCUGCCGGCACACAGGUCAGUCCCCUCGGGUUCUAUCAGUUUGCAGAGGAGGAAGGUGAGGAGGAAGAGGAGGGAGCCCGAGACAGCUUUGAAGAGAAUCCUGACUUUGAGGGAAUUCCUGUUCCUGAAAUGGCAGAAUCUCUAUCCACCUGGGUGCAUCAUGUCCAGCACAUCCUCCAACAGGUAACACUCAAACAAAUUCCUUUUCUAAUGUGAUACUGAUAAGCCAUUUUUAGGCAAUUUUCUGUGCCCUGAAGAUGAUCACAUGGCCUCUCCUAGGGUCGCUGUGUGUGGGUGAACCUGGCUGACAAGCCUGAGGAUGACUUUGAGGAGGAAGCAGAUGAAGAGGAGAAGGAGGAGGAGCCUGAUGAGCCUGAGCCAGAGGUGGGGCCUCCCCUCCUCACUCCACUCUCUGAGGAUGCAGGUCAGUCUAUUCCAGGGGAGAACAACUGCCCCAUCUGAUUGAAGCCACAGAAGUUAAAGUCCGACCGCGGUACUGAAGGCUUUGUUUGCACAAAACAGGAUCCCCAUUAUAGUGAAUGGAAAAAUGGCAAUCUUUGUGGUCAAUCUUUGUGUAAAAAAAUAAAUAUUCUAAGACAAUGAUGGUACCAAUAAUUGCUUCUAAUACACCAGAUGUAUGUAUUUUUAAAUCGCACAGAGAAUAAGUUAUAAGGAUAAUUUAGUUGCUAAUGGCAGCCUGCAGUACCCCAGUUGGCCUUGAGUUACUCAAUGAGAGGGGGCAGCACUGAGUUAGCCUGCAACGUCACUUCCUGGAGUGGCUUCAAACGGGAGACUAUAAGCAAAGACAGUAGAUAGGCUUAAACUGCUUCUCUAAUAGUAAUCCCUGAUGACGCCUACAUUUGACAUUUGAGUCAUUUAGCAGACGCUCUUAUCCAGAGCGACUUACAGUUAGUGAGUGCAUACAUUUCUCAUACUGGCCCCCCGUGGGAAAAUCAAAGGCACUCCUACGAUAUACGAGGUUGGCGUAAUAACAUGUUCAAAUACAUAAGACAUUGGCUCGAAUCUAGGUUUUGCCUUUAGAUUUCGAUAAAAUUAACAACUAAUGAAGAAUUUUUAACUUCUCUCAUUGACUUCUCAAACACACCAAACCCUGGUCUGCUAAGUCUGCUUCGCAAGUGUUCCCAGUAGUCUUACAAUGUUUCGUCUCCGGGUUUAGAAACUCUGCUAUAAGGACACAGCUGACGCUUACACCGACUACAUGGUCGCGGGAAGCUGUUUUGGUUUGGGGGUGCUGUCGAGAAAUAUCCGCCAACAGAGGAGGGAGGGGGGGAUUGAGGAAAAAUAAUGAUCUGCUCAUAGAGUGCUGUCACCAGGAAUAGUAAAGGCCUAGUUCACUGAUUUAGUUGAAAAAAUUAAACGACCGGAGUAAUAAAGGCCUAGUUAGAUCCCCCCCCCCCCCCCCGAAAAAAACAUUGUUUUUACUUUUUUUUUUAUGAAUUUUUUUUCAUUACGAUUUAUCAGGGGGUGCUGCAGAACCCUCAGCACCCCUACUUCCCGCGGCUAUACCCGAAUAGCCGAAACCUAAAACUGCCCCUUACCUUAACCCUGACCUUAACCAAACCCUAACCUAAUUUUAAUAAAUUAUGACAUUAAAUAUCAGUUUGGGCAUCAGGCGUAUCCUUAUAGCCUUUUUCAGCUAAAACUGCGCAUUUUAUGUCUCCAUGAGACGCCAUCUUAACCAACUUCAUUUAGCUUCAAUGCGCUAUUUAGUCUUCACAUAGGAAUGAAUGGUGUCAUGUAAGCGAUGGCUUUGUCCAUUCAUAUAUAGUCAUUGGUCUAUUCUCAGUCUGUGUUGGUUGGCCUACAUUUUCACUCUAUGCUGGUAGCAUGUCUAUUGUGAAUAUUUCUCCCUAUGUGUUAAACUCACUUCGACUGCAUGAUGUGUAUGUAUUCCGAGUGGUGUAAAGUACUUAAGUAAAAAUAUUUUAAAGUACUACUUAAGUCGUUUUUUUUUGGUUAUCUGUACUUUACUUUACUCUUUUUAUUUUUGACAACGUUUACUUUUACUUCACUACAUUCCUAAAGAAAAUAAUGUACUUUUUACUCCAUACAUUUUCCCUGACACCCAAAAGUACUCGUUACAUUUGGAAUGCAUAGCAGGACAGGAAAAAGCUCCAAUUCACGCACUUAUCAAGAGAACAUCCCUGGUCAUCUACUGCCUCACUAAACACAAAUGCUUUGUUUGUCAAAUUAUGUCUGAGUGUUGGAGUGUGCCCCUGGCUAUCCAUAAAUUUAAAAAACAAGACAAUUGUGCCGUCUGGUUUGCUUACUAUAAGGAAUUUGAAAUGAUUUAUACUUUUACUUUUUAUACUUAAGUACAUUUUAUCAAUUACAUUUACUUUUGAUACUGAAGUAUAUUUAAAACCAAAUACUUUUAGACUUUUACUCAAGUAGUAUUUUACUGGGUGACUUUCACUUUUACUUGAGUCAUUUUCUAUUAACGUAUCUUUACUUUUAUUCAAGUAUGACAAUUGGGUACUUUUUCCACCACUGUGCAUUUCAGAGACUACCAACACCCCUCCCUGGAGCGCCAAGAUGUCCUCCACCCUCAUCUCUCAGUUUGCUAUUGCAGUGCUGCGCUCAAACCUCUGGCCAGGGGCUUAUACUUAUGCCAGUGGAAAGUAAGAUUGAGUGUAAUGUAAUGUUAUAUAUUGUUAUAACUGUGGCAUAUAGACAAUAUCCCCAAUCAAAUAAAUAUAUAUAUUUUUUUUCUAAUUUAGGAAGUUUGAGAACAUCUACAUUGGCUGGGGCUUGAAAUUUGCAGGGGAAGGGUACAUCCCAACUGUUCCAUUAAUGCCCCAGCGAGAAUACCCCAGCGGGCCAGAGAUCACAGAGGCCCUGGACCCCGGUCUGGGGGAAGAGCAGGCACUGAAAGCAGCCCUGGAGGAACAGAAGGCUGCCCAAGAAGAGACAGAGGGCCUGGGUGAAGACGAAGAGGAGGAGGAAGAAGAGGAUGAUUAAGGAUGACUUUGUAGUUAACAGACACUACAUUACAAAAUAGGCAAUAUUUACUGUUGAC